CUCCCCCUCUCUCCAAGUGCUAAUGAGCAGAGGAGCCUUUGAGGUAGAGGGCUGGGUGGGGGAGCUCCCGAGGGGAGCGCAGGGGGCAGCUGCGUCCGAGGCCCUAAUGAGGCCCCCUCUGCGCCCCUCCCGCCGAGAUCUUAAUUCCUUGUUCUCCCUGGAACCACUGCUAAUUGGCCUGGGGAGGGCCCCCUCCUGGCUCGCUCUGUCCCUGGGGGCCGAGGACACCUGGAUCGUGCUCCGGCACCUGUGGCCCUAUCCUUCCGUCCCUCCCUCCACCUGCCUCAGCCUUGCAUCUGUGCUCCCUGCUGCCUUCCUCUGUCCCUCCCUCCCCCUGCCUCUCGGUCCCCAUCUGAGCGGCUCUUCAUCUCCACUUUCCCUGUCUUCCCGCCCCUCCGACCGCCUCUGGGCACCCUCGCGCGCUCUUCCACCCACGCCCCGGUUGCUGGGUCCCACCACACCGCCACCCUCUCCGGGGCCCCGGACGCCCCUAGCCUGCCCCCUUCGCCCCCAUUCCCACCGGCUUUUGACUCCUUGCCCGCCGCAGCCAUGUCCAACAACAUGGCCAAGAUCGCAGAAGCCCGCAAGGCGGUGGAGCAGCUGAAGCUGGAAGUGAACAUCGACCGCAUGAAGGUGUCGCAGGCGGCGGCCGAGCUGCUGGCCUUCUGCGAGACGCACGCCAAAGACGACCCGCUGGUAACGCCGGUCCCCGCUGCCGAGAACCCGUUCCGCGACAAGCGCCUCUUUUGCGUCCUGCUCUGAGCCUUCCCGACGGCUGGCCCUGCUUUGCCAAAGUUUGAAUCCAAUAAACGGGGUGAUGGUGGUA